AUGCCAGGUAUGGACGUUGACCGUCUUCAGACCUACCAACUUGAAGUCCGUUUUGCCGAUAUUACCGAUAAUGGAAUGUACCGUUGCGUCCUGGAAAUCAGGCUUGCAUCGAAGAUCGUUGAUGAAGGAGACUCCCUGACCUGGGUGUGUCAAGCCCAGGGCUCAGCUCAACCCCGUGUCAGUUGGACGAGAGCAAAUGGAAGACCGCUUAAUCUUCCAGGCUCACCGCAGCGAAUCUAUGUAUGUCAUUGCCUACUUGAAUAA